AAAAUGUUGCUACAUAUUUUGUAGUUGCAAUCUAGCUAGCGAUCGAUGGAAAUCAAGUCAGAACAAGAUCCCAAGUGGGAAAAUCUGAGCGGAGACAUACUUGGCGUUAUCUUCGGCAAGCUCGAGAUGAUGGAUGUUACCAUGGGAGCUUCGCGUGUGUGCACCUCUUGGUUCCUUGCCGCACAGAACAGUACGCUGUGGAACACCAUCAACCUCGUCGUUAGUCAUGAAAAUUCUUUCUUCUACAAUCCCCGGGUCGACCCUCUGGAUCUCGGUAUAGAUAUUCGGAAGCGCGAGAGGCAAAACGCUCUCAACAUAGGCUUGUACUUCAGUCCCUAUGCCCCUCAAUAUCGUCAAAUAAAAGAAGGCCAAAACAACCUCCGCAAUCUAUUGAUUGAGAUCACUAAGUUGAGCUGCACGGCCCCAAGGAAUUUGUUCUUUAACUUGUAUUCCUAUAUACAAGACAAGGAACUUGUGCUAGCUGCCGAGAGUCAAUGGAAGAAUCUCCGAACACUGGUCAUCAUUAAAAACCCUUUGAACACAGGGACACUCGAGCUCCAAGCCGUGGGAGAGAACUGCACAAACCUCACCAACUUGAAAUUUGUGGGUUUAUUGGACGAACACUUAGCUGAUCAAAUCGUGCUUCACCUCCAGUCCCUGAAGAUACUGAGUUUGCGAUGCUCUUUCCUCUACCAGCGUGGACUUUCACGCCUCCUCCUCAAUGGCCUCAAAAACCUCGAGAUCCUUAACCUCUCACACUCUAUAGUCGUAGACACUUUCCCCAAGCUCCACUUUCGAAAGCUCUACGAGUUUGAUCACUCCUUCGAAACGGUUAAUCAGAAGGUCGUCUACAGAUUAAUCUUGUGCUCUCCGCGUGACUAUUAUUGUGAAUUCUGCUGUGAUUGGUUGUUUAGUGUACAACGCUCCUGGAAGAUGUGCGGUGGCCCCGUGACGGUGCUGAACGUGGCGGAGAAGCCGUCCGUGGCGAAGUCAGUGGCGGGGAUUCUAUCCCGUGGAACUUUCCGGACUCGGGAGGGUAGGUCUCGGUACAACAAAAUCUUCGAGUUCGAUUACGCCAUCAAUGGCCAGCCAUGUCGUAUGCUAAUGACCUCCGUCAUUGGCCACCUGAUGGAGCUUGAGUUCGCCGAUCGUUACCGCAAAUGGCACUCCUGUGACCCGGCAGAUCUGUACCAAGCUCCGGUCAUGAAACACGUUCCCGAGGACAAAAAGGAUAUUAAGAAGACAUUGGAGGAGGAAGCAAGGAAAAGCGACUGGCUUGUGCUGUGGCUUGAUUGUGAUAGGGAAGGUGAAAACAUUGCAUUUGAAGUUGUAGAUGUUUGCAGAGCUGUCAAACAUAAUCUUUUUAUACGCAGGGCUCAUUUCUCUGCGUUAAUUGACAGGGAUAUUCAUGAAGCAGUUCAGAAUCUUAGAGAUCCUAAUCAAUUGUUUGCUGAGGCUGUAGAUGCUAGACAAGAAAUAGACCUACGCAUUGGUGCUUCUUUCACUAGAUUUCAGACUAUGCUGCUGAGAGAUAGGUUUGCUAUUGACUCCACGGGUGAGGAGAGGAGUCGUGUUAUAAGUUAUGGUCCUUGUCAGUUUCCUACACUUGGCUUUAUUGUAGAGCGAUACUGGGAGAUCCAGGCACAUGAACCAGAAGAGUUUUGGACAAUCAACUGUUCGCACCAAUCAGAAGAAGGCCUUGCCACCUUUAAUUGGAUGCGUGGUCAUCUUUUCGAUUACGCUUCAGCUGUCAUAUUAUAUGAGAUGUGCGUUGAGGAACCUACUGCCACUGUAAUGAAUGUCCCACAUCCAAGGGAACGAUUCAAAUAUCCUCCUUAUCCUUUGAACACCAUUGAACUUGAAAAACGUGCUUCAAGAUACUUCCGCCUGAGUUCAGAGCACACCAUGAAGGUGGCAGAAGAAUUAUACCAGGCUGGUUUCAUCAGCUAUCCUCGUACAGAGACUGAUUCUUUUUCUAGCAGGACAGAUUUACGUGCUAUGGUGGAGGAACAAACAAGACAUCCUGCCUGGGGUUCAUAUGCACAAAGACUAUUAGAGCCUGAGGGGGACCUCUGGAGAAACCCUGGUAAUGGUGGUCAUGAUGACAAGGCUCACCCACCCAUUCACCCGACAAAGUUUUCUAGCGGAGAGUCUAACUGGAGUAGAGAUCACCUUAAUGUAUAUGAGCUAGUUGUCCGCCAUUACCUAGCAUGUGUUUCCCAGCCAGCAGUUGCUGCUGAAACUACAGUCGAGAUUGAUAUUGCUGGUGAACGCUUUUCUGCAUCUGGGAGAGUAAUAUCAGCUAAAAAUUACCUUGAGGUGUACCGCUUUGAAUCAUGGGGUGGUUCAGUGAUUCCCGGGUAUGAAAAAGGGCAGCAGUUUAUCCCAACAACUUUGACUCUUGAUUCAGCUGUAACGAGGCCACCACCGCUAUUGUGUGAAGCUGACUUACUGAGUUGUAUGGACAAGGCAGGCAUUGGCACCGAUGCGACAAUGCACGACCACAUAAAGAAACUCCUUGAUCGGGGUUAUGCAACAAAGGAUGCUAAUACGCGGUUUUCUCCAACCAACCUGGGUGAGGCGCUUGUGAUGGGAUAUGAUGACAUGGGGUAUGAACUUUGGAAACCAAAUCUCAGAGCCCUUAUGGAAAAUGAUAUGAAUGAAGUUAGUGUUGGCAGGAAGACCAAAGCUGAGGUUCUUGAAUCAUGUUUGCAGCAAAUGAAAGCUUGUUUCUUAGAUGCAAGAGUAAAAAAAUCAAAGCUCCUAGAAGCAAUGACAAUUUUCUUUGAAAGAUCUAAUAACACUGAUGAAAGUGAAAGCCAGACAGCUGGUGAAGUUGUCCGACGAUGCAAUCUCUGCAAUGAAUCACAUAUGGCACUCAGGAAGAACCGGGAUGGCAAUUUCAUGGUUGGGUGCAUGAAUUAUCCUCAGUGUCGAAAUGCAGUCUGGCUUCCUGGACCAACACUGGAAGCAUCUGUCACUACUGAUGUUUGUCAAACCUGUGGUCCAGGCCCAGUCUACAAGAUACUUUUCAAGUUCCGUCAAAUUGGAAUUCCACCAGGCUUUGAUGUUAAUCACUUAGGUUGCAUCGGUGGCUGUGAUGACAUUCUUAAACAGUUGAUAGACAUAUGUGGAACUGGAUCCCGUUCUCAAGCAAGGAGAGCUCCAGGUACUGUACCGUCAAACAAUAUCCAAGGAAGCAACACAAGACAGAGUAAUGUCUGCAUACAUUGCCAGCAACGAGGACAUGCUUCUGCUAAUUGUCCCUCACGGGUUACAGCAUCUCGAAAUUCUCGUCCUACUGCAACAAAUCCGAGAAACGAUGAAAGUACAGUUUCAUGUAACACUUGUGGAACACAAUGUGUUAUUCGUACAGCCAACACAGAAGCUAACAGGGAAGACAAUUCUUCUCAUGUCCAACACAGGGCUGCAGUUUCUUUGCGUAAAUGGGAAGAUAGCAUUAACAACAGUAGUGGGAAUGCAACAACAGGGUCUAAUAGCGGCGGAAGCGGUAGACGUGGAAGCCGUGGUCGUGGCCGUGGAGGUAGAGGCGGCCAAAGCGGUGGAGGACGACGUAACUCUGGAACAAGCUUUGUCUCUGCAACUGGAGAGCCAGUGAGUGGUAUAAGGUGCUUCUCAUGUGGUGAUCCUUCACAUUUUGCUAACGCUUGUCCUAAUCGUAAUAACUCGAACGGCUUGAACUUAGAAGGUCAAUAUCUUCUUGACAUCAAGAGCAAGUUUGUGGAUGAUAUGCAGAAUUUGAGAAACUGGAAUUCAAGUGAUUCUAUACCUUGUGGAUGGACCGGCGUCAUGUGCAGCAAUUAUUCGAGUGAUCCAGAGGUUUUGUCCUUGAAUCUCUCGUCGAUGGUUCUCUCAGGUAAGCUAUCACCAAGCAUAGGUGGAUUGGUUCAUCUCAAGCAGCUGGAUCUGUCAUAUAAUGGGUUGUCAGGGAGUAUUCCUAAGGAGAUUGGGAACUGUUCAAGCUUGGAGAUUCUGAAACUAAACAAUAACCAGUUUGAUGGUGAGAUACCUUUGGAAAUAGGAAAGCUUGUGUCUUUGGAGAAUCUGAUCAUUUACAACAACAGAAUCUCAGGGUCUCUCCCUGUGGAGAUUGGGAACCUUUUGUCUCUCUCUCAACUGGUGACUUACAGUAACAACAUCAGUGGACAAUUGCCACGUUCCAUUGGCAACCUCAAGAGACUGACAAGCUUCCGAGCCGGUCAAAACAUGAUCUCUGGAAGUUUGCCUUCUGAGAUUGGUGGAUGUGAGAGCUUGGUCAUGCUUGGUCUUGCACAGAACCAGUUGAAGUGGGAGAUUAGCAACUGCACAAGUUUAGAAACCCUUGCUCUCUACAAGAACCAGCUUGUCGGGCCAAUCCCGAAAGAGCUCGGGGACCUUCAGUCGCUGGAGUAUCUCUACCUUUACAGAAAUGGGUUGAAUGGAACGAUUCCGAGAGAGAUUGGGAAUCUCUCAAAUGCAAUUGAGAUAGAUUUCUCGAGAAAUGCUUUGACCGGAGAGAUACCUUUGGAGUUAGGGAACAUAGAGGGGCUUGAGCUUCUUCAUCUUUUUGAGAACCAACUCACAGGUACCAUCCCUGUGGAGCUUUCUACUUUGAAGAAUCUGUCAAAGCUUGAUCUCUCCAUCAAUGGUUUAACGGGUCCUAUUCCCUUGGGAUUUCAGUAUCUAAGAGGACUCUUCAUGCUGCAGCUGUUUCAGAACUCCCUUAGCGGGACCAUACCUCCAAAACUUGGCUGGUAUAGCGAUCUCUGGGUACUUGAUCUGUCCGAUAACCAUCUCAGAGGAAGAAUUCCAAGCUACCUUUGCCUUCACUCCAAUAUGAUCAUCUUGAACUUGGCCAUUGAGCUGGGACAAAACAGAUUCCGUGGUUCCAUUCCUAGGGAGGUCGGUAACUGCAGUGUCCUACAAAGGCUGCAGCUAGCAGACAAUGACUUCACGGGGGAGCUUCCUAGAGAGAUUGGCACACUUUCACAGCUUGGGACCUUGAAUAUAUCAUCCAAUAAGCUUACUGGAGAGGUCCCUUCUGAAAUCUUCAACUGCAAGAUGCUUCAACGACUAGACAUGUGCUGCAACAAUUUCUCUGGAACCUUACCAAGUGAGGUAGGUUCCCUCUACCAGCUUGAGCUUCUGAAGCUCUCAAACAAUAAUCUUUCGGGUACAAUACCUGUGGCUCUAGGGAACUUAUCUCGCUUGACCGAGCUACAAAUGGGCGGAAACUUGUUCAACGGUAGCAUUCCACGGGAGUUGGGCAGUCUGACCGGUUUGCAAAUAGCAUUGAACCUCAGUUACAACAAGCUUACCGGAGAAAUACCACCUGAGCUCAGUAAUCUUGUUAUGCUUGAGUUCCUCCUCCUCAACAACAACAAUUUGUCUGGGGAAAUACCAAGCUCUUUUGCUAAUCUCUCCAGCUUGCUUGGUUACAACUUCUCAUACAACAGCUUGACUGGUCCUAUUCCUCUUCUCCGUAACAUAUCCAUUUCUAGCUUCAUCGGUAAUGAAGGGCUUUGCGGCCCGCCGCUCAACCAGUGUAUCCAAACACAGCCUUCCGCCCCUUCUCAGUCAACCGGGAAGCCCGGAGGAAUGCGUUCCAGUAAAAUCAUAGCCAUCACUGCAGCGGCGAUUGGCGGGGUAUCUCUCAUGCUGAUUGCUCUCAUUGUCUACCUCAUGAGACGCCCGGUGAGGACAGUAUCUUCUUCCGCUCAAGAUGGCCAACAGCCGGAAAUGUCUUUAGACAUAUACUUCCCUCCGAAGGAAGGAUUCACGUUCCAAGAUUUAGUUGCAGCCACUGAUAAUUUCGAUGAGAGCUUUGUAGUUGGGAGAGGAGCUUGUGGAACCGUCUACAAGGCGGUUCUUCCGGCCGGGUACACUCUAGCUGUCAAGAAGCUGGCAUCAAACCACGAAGGCGGCAACAACAACAAUGUGGAUAAUAGCUUUAGAGCAGAGAUUCUAACUCUUGGGAAUAUUAGGCACCGUAACAUCGUCAAGCUACAUGGAUUCUGCAAUCACCAAGGAUCAAAUCUGCUUCUGUACGAGUACAUGCCCAAGGGAAGCCUUGGAGAAAUACUCCAUGAUCCUUCAGGCAACUUGGAUUGGUCUAAAAGAUUUAAAAUCGCUCUGGCAAAAGUGAUUGACAUGCCACAUUCUAAAUCCAUGUCUGCCAUUGCUGGCUCCUAUGGCUACAUUGCCCCAGAAUAUGCAUACACCAUGAAAGUGACAGAGAAGUCUGACAUCUAUAGCUACGGGGUGGUUCUACUGGAGCUGCUAACCGGAAAAGCCCCGGUUCAGCCAAUAGAUCAAGGAGGAGAUGUGGUGAACUGGGUGAGGAGUUACAUAAGAAGAGAUGCAUUAUCCUCUGGAGUUCUUGAUCCUCGGUUAACGUUAGAAGACGAGAGAAUCGUCUCUCAUAUGCUCACUGUAUUGAAGAUUGCACUGCUUUGCACAAGUGUAUCUCCCGUCGCAAGGCCAUCGAUGCGACAAGUUGUUCUCAUGCUUAUUGAGUCUGAGAGAUCGGGAGGAGAAGAAGAACACUUGGAUACAGAAGAAUUGACACAAACAACUACCCCAUGACUCGAUACAUUGUUGUUGUAUCUUCUAUUUUUACACGAGAUCAUUCUUCUAUGUAACCAUGGCGAAUAAUUAUUGUAAAUUCUA